AAGGUUUAUUCACCAUUUCCAGAUAUGGCUUCUGUAUUGUCUUGCUCAUCUUCACCAUUGCUAUUCAACAAGGCCAGAUCAAGUUCCACCAAGGAUAUUUCCCCAUGUUCUGUAUUCUUUCCGUCAAUGACAUCUUCCAACAACAGCACAUCUCAUCGGCUGCAUGUUGUGAGAGCUCAGACCACCGGUGGAGACAACAAGGAACCGAUAGUGGAUGUGCAUGUCGAUGAAAGUAAUCAAGCGAAGGCCGAUGAAAGGAGACCUAAACAAUGGGCUAUGGAUAUCUCUCAUUUUGGUUUUUUAGACCCAUUGUCUACAGUGAAGAUAAUGCUUCGAAUGUACAGGACAUUCGAGGAUUCCAUAAUAUUCCCUGGCCAGACAGGUGGCGAGUUGGGUGCACCUUGGGACAUCCAUGAUGAUGAAAACGGAAUCAAGAUGCGAUUCGACAUGCCAGGACUUUCCAAGGAGGACGUCAAGGUCUCAGUGGAGGACGGCAUGCUAAUCAUCAGAGCAGAGCACAAGAAGGAAGGUGGAGACGAUUCAUGGAGUAGCAGGAACUUUAGUAAAUACGAUGCUCAUCUUCAACUUACCGACAACUAUGAUAAAAACAAGAUCAAAGCAGAGCUCAAGAAUGGAGUUCUGUCCAUCUCCAUUCCUAAGAACAAAGAAGGGAAAAAGGUCAUUAAUGUCAAACUUUAGUAAAUGGUCUCUUUUUCUUUUCUUUUUUUUCUUUUUUUUUAUUUAACACGAAGAAUUAUGAACGAAACGUGAAUUUUUUAAAUAGUUGAUAGAAGCUGAAUUUAUAAAUUCAAGUAUUAAAG